ACAAUAGUUUUCUGUUGCCUAAACUUUAGUGAGCAGCAGCAGGUUUAGUUAGUAUGUGAGAGUGAGAGAGAGAGAGGGGUGUGUGUAGGAGACCCAGGCAGCCAGCCAAAGUAUAGAGGAGAGAGAAGGGGGGCGAGAUGUGACCCACACUCCACCGGUGGCUGCAAAGCUCUAAAACGGGGUGCAGCCAUGGGCUGCAAGGCCAGCAAAUUGUGCUGCCCCAGAUCCAGGAACAAGAGUCGUCAGAAAACAAAGGAGAACCAGCAGACAUCUCAAGAGCUGAACAACAUAGCUGGAAAUGGAUCAAGUGAAUGUUUGCAGAAAAUCAAAGACUAUGAGCAAGAAAUCCGAAAACUCAUUCAGUCUCACCAUGAGGAAAAGAUGUCCAUGGAGGAGGGCAACAAGAAGAAGAUAGAGGAGCAUGAACAGGAGCUGAGGGAAAAGGCUAAACGAGAUGCGGAAGCAGACUUGGAAAAACGUCUUUCAGAACAGGCUUCAUAUCUGAAAGCUGAACUGGAUAAAAAGUGUGAAGGGCUGCAGAAGCACUAUGAUGAGGAAAAGGCAUCUCUCAAAGAAACGUACGAAAAGUUAACCACUUCCCUUAAGGAAACUGUUGCUGAGUUAAAUGGGCAGUUGGCAUCCUUCCAAGAGAAAAUGAAACGGGUUGAAGAAUCCAUCCUAAAUCAAGACUACAAAAUACACAUUCAGGAUCAUGGUAGCCCUGGUGAAUUCUGGGAGCAGGAGCUGCAAAGUCUUCAUUUUGUGAUUGAAAUGAAAAGUGAGCGGAUCAAGGACCAAGAGAAAAGACUCCAGGCCCAGCAAACUACAAUGGACAGGAAUGUUAUACUGGAGGAGAAAGUACAGAGUCUGCAACAGGAGAUUGAAGCCUUACGAGCCCAGGCCCAGAACCAGACAGCAAUGACGAUCCGUUUGACAGAGGAGCUGCUGAAUGCUCAGGUGUCCCUAGAAAAGGAGAAACAGCUUCAUGAACAGCUACAGCGUGACAAAGAACAGCACUUUUACCGAACAGUGAAUGGGGAUGGCCCGUCCCCUUUUUCUCUGCCAAUAACAACACAGGACUCCAUCAAAGUGACCUAGGAGAAAGAAGUCUUCAAGUCAUGGACAAAGGGUCAAAAUCCUUGUUUCUUGUAGAAGACCAAGGCAAUACUGAUCGCCUAAAACAUGCAAGAAGCUUCCUCUCGUGGAAACAAUUCAUAUUUAUUUUAUUGUUUUAAUUAUUGAAACUGUAUAUACAUGUUUAUGGUAUCCAUGACUGACAACAGGACAUUUCCUCUAUGCAAAAUAGUUUUUUUAAAUCUUAAAUCGUAUGUUCCACCAAAACAUUUUUAGUUUUGAUAGGGUGGGAUAGGUUUCAAACCCUGGUCAGGUCGUUACUACUUUUUGGGGUCCUAUUACAGAGAUUACCCCUAUACUUCCUGUCCUGGGGACAAUGGUUUUGCCAGGGGUAGGUGAGACUAAGGGCCCUUUUACACGGGGCGGAUCAGUAAUGAUCCGUCUCCGUGUGUCCCUAAGCUCAGCGGGGAUCGC